CCACUAAAAAUGAAUUUAAAUGUUAUUUGUUCUUUCAACUGUUAUAUAAUCGUAUACUUGUUUUGUACACUACUCAGUACUGGAUUAAGAUCUAUUUUCAAAAUAAUACUACACCAAGUUACAGUUUGUGGAGUAAUAAAUUAUGAAUCUUGCUUUCUGUUGCUGUCUUUGUUUAUCAUAUAUCUAAAUUAACUCUUUAUUCUAAAACCUGUGAAUGAAUAUGAGUAAAACUUUACACAGUGGUAAACAAACCUUUAUAUAUAAGUAUUGGAUUGAAACAUUAGUAAACAACUAAAUAUACCUCUUUUAGUGGCUGUAGCCUGUAAACUGCCUGUCAGUAUCUGCACGUACUCUAUUAGAUACCGGUAUUUACAUCAUGCACAUUGCCAAUUAUACCACAAAUUCUUAUUUUUAUAUUGACACUAUGCAUGUAUAAUAUAAUGGAAGUCAGAUUAAAAUUUGUUUUAUUUAUUGUAGAAUGAAGAGAAUACGCUUUACUAAGAAGCCCCCAAAGAUAAAGAAGAUUGUAUAUGAUGGGAAAAGACGACAAACAAAAUAUGUUAGGCUAGAUGCUUCAAUAUCCAGUAAACAUGAAGAUACUGUUAUGGAAAAAGAUUGUGGUGACAUUUUUAAACAAAAACCAGAUAUAAAUUUCGAACUCAUAAAUGAAGACCAAGAAGAACCAGCUAAAAAUAGCUAUGCUGCAAAGAAAAAAAAGCUCACUGAAGCAUGGGAGGGUUUAAGAGAAGACCUUAUAUUGACAAGACUGCAGGAGCUUUGUCCAGCAACGCAUGAGUAUGGGUUUUGUCAUGAUGAACAAUCUGACAUAAUUAUGUGUCAAGAUUGUGGGCCUCAGGCAUAUUAUUGUUCUAGCUGUUGUGAGAGAGUUCACAGAAAUAUCUUAUUUCACAAACCACAGCAAUGGAAGGGAUCUAUGUAUGUACCAAUACAGCAAAUUAAUGAGCUUACCAGAAAAGAUCACAAAUGUGACCAGACAUUUUUCAGCAAUAUUUAUGCUGUUGAUAUGAAAGAAGCACAACAUAUCUGUAAAAUCCAGCUUUGCAGAUGUGAAACUGCAGCAGCAACUUUAGUAUGGUACAAUUUAUGGCCAGCAACACCAUCAAUUCCCAAAAUUGCCUUUGAUAUUCGCUUCAUGGAGCUGCUUUCUGUAUUACACCUGGAAUGUCACCUGCCUACAAAAUCUUUUUGUGAUGCCUUAGGAUUUAUAAAAUCAAACUUCAUAAAUUUGGCUACAGAUGAUGAAAAGAAUAUUUACCGUGCUGUUGUUGGUGAUUGUUUGACAGAAUACAAUUAUCACCGGUCCACAUUGAACACUAGGCACACUAUAACAGAGUCAUCUUUUACCAGAGAAUGCCCAAUAUGCUUGAAGGUAAUUAACACAUAG